AUGUUGGCGCGCUUCUACUACUCCAACUCCGCCUGCGUGAUUGAAGACCAAAUGGAGCGCAUCAAGAUCAUCACGAAAGAGCGCAGUCCAUUGUACCGCGAGAUCGAAGUCUCCGUCCGUAAGCACAGCCCGGCACCCAACGACCUUAUCUUUUCCGCUCAGCGAUGGACUGGCAAAGUUACGGCGAAGGACAGGUCGGGUGGUGAAAGUAUUGUGGUGUUCACUCCGAACUUUCACUCGAGCAAGGCUGUUGCGCUGAACGAGCUUGAGGGCUGGCUGGUUGCGUGA